AUGCCUCGUGAGCCUCAGAGACACACACUCUUAUCAAGCCGUGGUCCUCUCAAGUUUGAAAGCCACCCUCUAGGAGCAAGCCUUGACAACCACCAUCAAAACGAUGAGUACAUGAAGUGGAUGGGACGGAGGGUUCACGCGCCGAGCGGGCCGUUUCACAACCAAGGCAUUGGAGAAGUCGACUCUGGCACCAAUUCGUGGAGGGUAGAUAUUAUCAGGACCACUUGA